GCACAAACUCUUCCUCUUGGACUUUUGAUUUUCUGGAGUGGUUUCGAAAAGGAUGUCCUAUACUGCUGGAGAUGCCGAAGCCGCCUUGAAACCGCAAUUUGAAGCCUAUAGUAAAGCGGUAAACAAUGCAGACUGGGAUACUGUGGCCUCGUUUUAUCAUCCAAAUGGAGUUAUAGUGCAAAACGGGAAAGGAGCGACGUAUGGAAAAGAUGCCUUAAAAGCAGAAUUCACCAAAUUCGCUGAAGCGACCGGAAAAUCCGUUGGCUCAUUCUCGAAUCAAAAAUAUGAGGGAGCUGGUGACUAUCUCAUUACCAGCGGGAAUUUCUCCAGUGAAACGGAAAAAGCUGGAACUAUGAAGGGAACGUUCGUGCAAAUCUGGAAGAAGGACGGGGAUAAGCACUUGGUUUAUCAUGAAGAAUACGAAGUUACUCCAUAGAUUUUUUUUGUAUUUUUCUGAAUUUUUAGAUUAAAUUUAGAAGUAAGAAUUUUCAAGUUUUGAUGAUUGAAAAUUACACCAUUUUUAAUAAAUUCAUUUAAAGAGA